ACCGCUUAUGCGUUAGCAUAGGACUCAGGACUCGCGCACUCUAUCCUUAUAUCUCUAUAGUGGUCAUACACGGAGCGGAGCGAGUGCUUGUUGCUAGAAUGAUGAUAUGAGAUUGUUCUAAGAAACAUAUAUAUAGCGAAUAUGUCCAAUUUCGCGAAAUCACAGAUGCUAAAAUACGGUUGGACAGAAGGGAAAGGACUUGGCAAAAAUGAAAGUGGCAUCACAGAAGCCUUGAAACCGAUCAUAAAGCUCGAUAACGCAGGUAUAGGAUACGAAAGUAAUGAGUACGACUGGUUGACGUUACUGUCUCCGAAGAAUCCUGCGAAAUCGAAGCACGAGUCGCAAGAGUCUCAGCGGGAAGCAUACGAGAAGUUCGAGAACACUUCUACCCUCCAAGAUGGUAAUUUGAUACGUCUUUCCGCGAUAUCAGAUAAGAAAAAAUCUACGAAGAGCACUAUUCAUGUUCCACUGUUGGACGAUCAGAUUUAUAAGGCUUGCGGUAGUAGAACAGUACACAAAACUGCGCGACACGGUCACACAUUAAGUGGCAAGCUGGAGAGGCUUGCACUACAGGAUAACAUGUUUUCAAAUGUCAAUGCCAGUGAUGUGUCUCAGUCGAACUCAAGUUCAGUUGCAGCAGACACCAUGAUGAUUCACAGAGAGAUGAAAGCGGAGUGCGAGGAAACCGAGGAAAUCGAGCAGGAAAAUGACAGCAACGGCAAUACUUCGCAAUCUGAGACAGAACUAUUUGUUGUUAAGUCCAAGAGCACAAGGAAGAAGGAAAGAAGAAGGAUGGACAAUUUAUCGCGACAGUUGCGUAUCUGUAACAUUGAAGAAGGCACAGAUAAAGGCAUGGAAUUAGCGUGUAAAUCUCCACAACAAAACGAUAAAAAAGCCCGUAUAAAGAGAAAGAUUAAGAAACGGAGAAAAACUAAAGAGGAUACAGGUUUAUUGGAGAGCAGCUUGGAAGAUAAAGCAACUAAUGAGAGUCUCGAGGCACCAUUUUCUUUAAAUAAAAGCAUGCAAUGUAUGAACAUUCUAAAGAAAGUACCAGAACUAGUAAAAUUAGAUGAAACAAAAUUAGAUAAGUUAGAACAAGAGAAGAACAGAGACUGCAAUAAAAAGAAACGAGCGAGAAGUCAGGAACAAGUCAGGAACUGUGUAAUAACAAUCGAGGAACUAGGUGAUAUGUGUAUCAAGAACAUAACCAAAAGGUUGUGUAACAGAGACAUUUCUACCUGGUAUUCGUUAAUGUCAAAUGAUGAGAAAAAAGCACAGAGUAACCAGGAAACAGAUCCUUAUGACAAGCAAAAGGAUCCAAAUAAAAUUGCAAAUGUAAAAGGACACGAAUUUUUGUAUGAUAAAACGUGUGGAAAAAACUCGGAGAUGCAAAAAGAGUGCAAGGACCAACCAAAUGCAUUAUCGGAAAAUUAUAGCAAAAGAGGGAAAAAAAAGAACAAAGACAAGGCACCUUCCGGACAAUCAAUGCUUCAUAACUUUUCCAAUAAACGAUCGUCCAAAGAGAAAAAAUCGAAAAACUCUACAUGGGUCGAACAAGAAAGAAUAAAGUGGUUCGAAUUAAGUAAUAGAUUAAAUUUUCGAAUACAAAAGAAGAAGCAACAACGUUAUCUUGCGAAACAUAGGAAACAAGUAAAGAACAUAGAGAACGUAAUUCAUAAAUUAAAAGAUAAAAUACUUUCGCACGACGUGAACGCUUUAAUAAAGGAUCUAACAACCAUUGAUAUUACGGAAGGUGCAACUGUAAAUAAAAGAAAACUUACUCAAACGCACCUUACACCCGUUUAAAAAAAAGGAAUAAGAGUACAAAUAAUAAACGCGUUGUGUCUAAAUGAUUGAUGACAAAUGAUUUUAUUGUAUGAUAGGCAUGUCUCCAGCAUAGGAAUAAUGAACUGAUUUCUGAUUUAUACUCACUUUUUCUUCCUUUCAUACAUGAAAAUAAAAA